AUGAACCUUAACACCAURCUCGUAGUAGAUGAUCUCUACUCUGUCUUAACAGAGACCUGUUCGGAGGCCCCUGGACCASACGMCACGAAAGUUGUUCGUAUCGCAUAUGACAGAUGUACAAAUGCCAACUUAAAGGCUCGAGUCUACAUCUUAGCCAGCAUAUCUGAUGUUUUGGACAAGAAAAAUGAGACCAUGAUCACUGCACACGAGAUCAUGGAUUCAUUGCAUGACAUGUUUGGAAAACCUUCCUCACAAGUCAUGCAUGAAGCUCUCAAAUUCAUCUUCAACUCACGGAUGAAGGAGGGAACAUCUGUCCGGGAACAUGUUCUCGGUAUGAUGGUCCACUUCAACGUGGUGAAGAUGAAUCAUGCUAUCAUCAAUGAGUCCAGCCAAGUCAGUUUUAUUUUGGAGUCUCUUCUGAAGAGGUUYCUUCAAUUUCACAACAACGCUGAAUAA